UUUGUACAGUUCCUGGGAUGCAUUGAGGAGCCCGAGACUCUGUAUAUUGCGAUGGAAUAUCUCGAGGAAGGCGACCUCACCAAGCAUACCGGCACACCACUGCCACAAAUAACCGUUCGGAAUAUUUCAAAGCAAAUACUCGAGGGUCUGCAGGUAAUGCAUCAGGAAGGGAUAGCUCAUAGGGAUCUAAAACCCGCGGUAUAAUCCUUAUCACCAAAUGUCUCACUUGGCUAUGUCGUCUUGCAGAAUAUUAACGAAUGUAUAGAACAUCUUUGUAGUUUCCAUGUCUCCCGUCCGGGUCAAACUGGGAGAUUUUGGAAUAUCAAAGCGGAUACAGGCUCAAGAUACUACCACCUUUCACACCCAGGUGUCGACUCCGACAUAUGGCGCUCCCGAGGUUCUAGGAUUGGAUUCCAAUAGCGAAACCUCAGACUAUACGACCUCUGUAGACAUUUGGUCACUCGGAUGUGUGGUGUAUGAGUUACUUGCAGGGGGAAAGUUAUUCGCCUCAGCAGGUCUAGUAUCCCGCUACUUUUUCGGAAUAUCGCCUUUCCCCGAGGACAAACUAAGGGGUCUAUCACCUCCAACAAGCGAUAUCGGAAUUUCAUUCCUAAAAUCCCUGCUCGAAAUACGCCCCGGGGAUCGCCCUACAGCGGCGGGCGCACUGCAGCAUGAAUGGUUG